AGAUGGGAUUCAAGAGAGCUUUUUUUUUGGGAGAGGGAAAAAUUUGAGCUCUGGAGUCUAGAUUAAGUGCAAAAAUAAUUGCUUUGAGCUGUGAACUGAAAAGAUCCAGCUCUUCACUCUGAAAGCGUAGCCACCACCAGGCACUGCUCCCGAUCCAGAUCAGGAAACUUUUUCUGAAGUUCUGAUCUUGAAGCACAAGGAAGGUGAAUCCAGUGCUGGGAGGAUAAGCAGGACACAAUCAGCGAUUGUAUCGCUAAGAAAAAGCAGUGUGCAGAAAUAAAGGGGAAGGGGCUAUUUAUGCUCCAAACGAUUUUUUUUUUCCAAGCACGAAUCUCAUAGGCGGCGUACCUGCAGGUGGCUGGUGUAAGCUGGGUUAGCUAGUGCCAUGGCGAGACCCUCUGCUGACCCGUAUCGGCAGGGGUAGGCAACUCAUGUAGCCCAGAACAAAAGCAGUCGCGUAGGUUACCAGGUGCGCCCGCUCACGGCAAGCACGUGGCCUCCAGUUCCUCUUCGUGGGACAGGUUCGCACUGUUCUGUUCAAAUUGGGUGCAUCGACCUGAAACAGGAGAGGCGACACGUCUCGUCCUCAGAGCCAACAUAAUCAGGCGACACAACGGAGCAGUGAGCCUCGACAUACGAGGAGAACAGGGUUUGACAGACUGCUUCGUGUAGUCCUUCGGUGGCUGGACCAGCACGGGGGGCGUCCCAGUGCCACAGCGGGGAAACGUGAGGGUUUGGCUGUUAGUCUCUUUGGGGGGGGGAGAGCUAACCAACUGGAGCUUCAGCUGUUGCUUAAUGCUUUACUUUUCCUCUUUGAUAUCUGAUUAUGCUCUUUGCUUAUUGCUGGCAAAAACUAGUCUUUUAUUUCUACAACAAAUCAUUGCAAGUCUGGUAUUGCCUCACGUAUCAUUUAGUUGUUCGGUAUCCAGAGAACCCUUGUUGUCUAACAAGUGUUCAGCGGACUGAACAGCUCAUAGUUUCACUAGAAUUUACUGUUCCGAUGUUCCUUGCAAUGCUUCAAUUAAAAAAAAAAAAAAAAAGUCCUAUUUGUAUAAAGAUCUCGAUAUAAUCAGCUUUUAAAAAAGAAAACUAAUGAGUGAAUUGCUAAAAGAUGAACUAACUUUGUGACACCAGGCUAUUAACUCGGGAAAUGUGGUCACUGAAAGUCAUCUUACUGAUGGAUUACAAACAGUUUUCAUGCACUAAUAACUCCUUCUGCAAGUUUAAAAGCUUCUCAAGGAACUUACUUGGCAUUUUUCUCUUGCCUUUUGUCUUCUGUGUAUGUGGUUUGAUUGAAAUUUGGUAGUGGAAGACUAAAUGCUGAGUGUUUUGCAGUUUGGAAGUCUUAGUAGUUAAGUUGGUAUCUGCGAUGUGUAGAAAACUGUCUUUGACGGAGGCGGCAGUGAGUGAAGUCCAGAAGACCGUAAAGCUGACUGAUAGCCUUCUUAAAAGUGAUUGAAAUAUCAUAUACAUGUAUUUUAAUUUGCCCCAGUUUCUAGUUAAUCAGUAUAAUAAUUUGCACCACGUCUAUUUAUAAUUGAUCGUGAAAUAUUAAUUUGAGAACAUGCAUCUCUUAAUUUUAAUUCCUGCGCUGAGGGCUCCUACUUUAUAUGCCUAAAGCGUAAGAACAGACUAAACAGUUCCUGCCUGCAGGCGUACCAACUCCAGGUUUUAAAACAUCCAGUUCCAGAGGUGGGCAAAGAAACCAUCAGGCAGGAAAGAUUGAUGGUAGGCAAAAAUUAACUUGCACCUAAUACUUAAUCCCUCUUCCCACGCAGGCCCAUCAGAGAGCUGUUGAGGUAGUUCUAAAAGUUAGGAAAGACAACUUUUAUGGUUACCUCUGUGCCAAAUGAGGCAAGGGUUCUGCCAAAGCGAUACGGUGUAAUUGCAGCCUGUGUCACUGCUGCGUGUGCACAAGGGGGCAGAGCGAAGGUGGCUGCGCACCUGGCGUGUCCCAACAUCCAGAUCCCUGCUUUCACAACCAAGUGCCUGCUUUGGACGUCGUUACUCUGCCAGUGGGGAACCGAGCUCCGUCUGCUGCCAGCACAGCACCCGUGCCCUCCGUCGUGGGGCCGAGCCUUUGGCCUCUGGCCCUGCCAACUGCAGGAGGAUGAGAGUGGUCUGGGGCUGAAGAGCAGGGCUGCGGGAAGCAGCCUGGUGUACCCUGGAGCAUGCCAGUAAACCUGGCCUUCCUCCUCUUCCUCCUCCUGAUGCCAGCCCCAAGGCCAGCAGAUGUUGAAGGGCUGUCCCCAGGCCAGCAGCGCUGGAAAGCCCCAACCCCAGAGCAUGGCAGUGGUUUUGGACUGGCUGCACAUGUGGGAGGAAGAGGAGGAGAAGAAGGGCAGCAGCUCCUCCGAAUCCACGCUCUGUCGCGGUGUGGGUGGGAAUUCAAGGGAGAAGGGCAUAUGUGCUUCCAUAGCCUGCAGGCUUUCUGUUUGUGGGGAGGGUUUGCAGAGGACCAAAGCAGCACUGUUUUGUUACGGUGGAAGGGUAGGUGAGCUGAAGGAGAGGGCUUCUGCCAGCCGCCUGUGCGACACGCACCUCUUCCCUCAGAGCGCUCUUUUUUUUUUUUUUUUUAACCAUACUGCCAGCCACACUGCACACGACUCGAGGAGAGGCAGGGAUGAUUAGUAGUUUACAUUAGAGCUAUUAUGAAAAGUUGGAAUUGGUUUACAGCAUUACAACAAAAGCGGCGCUACACUGACAUGUCCUUAACCGUGGCAAUGCUACCCAGUGCCACUAGUGCCAAGUGUCAGAUCUAUCUAAAAAUGAUGGUAAAGCUGUAACAUCCAUAAGGGUGAAGGACUGGGGAGAGUCUGUAACGCUCCCUUGCUCUGAAAUAACUUGUAUUUUAUCAGUCUGUGAUGAACUUUUUAUGGUCCCAUGGGUGUCAUUCUAAUUUUAAAUACUAAGGAGGAAUCAAUUCCAUUAUUACAGUGCCUUCCUCCUUGCUUUUAGGAACUACCAUGUAAUUGCAAAGGAAACUGUAAGACUUAAUGAAAUGCCAGGAGCCUUUAUGCCUUCUCGAGAUGCCGUGUCAUGGAGUGAAGGGGAGGACACCAAAAGCAAUAAGGACACAUACUGAUGGGACAUACCUUGUCGAUACACUGUGUGAUGCUAUAGCAGGGCUACGUCAUUAUAUGUCGCACCACUUUGUCACUCAGAAUCACCAGUUUUGGUGAGAUUGCAGACCUUGGUGCUGUUAACAUGCACAUUUUUAGAAAUAUGCAGCGUUACUCUGUUGAAUCAAUAGUUUAUUCUGGCAACUUAAAAAGUACUGAAUGAAUCACAGUAGAGGGCAUAUGAGUAGUCAACCCCCUGUACUCCCCCCCCAGAUUAAAAAAGGUUUGCACACAGAAGUAAAUCUUAAGAUACCAAUAGCGAAAACAAAACAACUAAAAUACCUGCCCCGCACCUCUCGUGCUAAGUCUAAACCAACAGCUGUGCUUAAAUAAAUAUAUUUAGUCUUGAUAAACCUGUCUUUGGUUUUUCAUUCAAGCGAUUCAUGAAGUGCUGCAAAAUACCUGCUGCGGCUCAGAGGGAAAACAUCUUUUCUCGGGGAUGCUUGUCAGCAGAGGAGAACAUGCUGGUGGAGCUGCACCCAUCAAUUUUGGUGGAUGCUCCCCUACAGCAAGUUUGGAAAAGCCAGAUGCUUUCUUCCUCCCCCAGCCAGCUGGUCUUGCUGCCCAGGGAUUCCUGAGUUUUGGCACGGAGGCAGCUCCUGAUGAGCCGAGAAGAGAGCUGUCACAUUGUUGUCGGGCUGGCUGCAGGAAUCCUCUUUCAGUUUCUCUUCUGCUCUCUUCCCCUGGGUCUUCACAGAGGAGGUCACAGCAGUGCUGGCUGGUGGCUUCCUUCUCCCUCCCGCCCCUGGCGAAGGGCUGCUUGCUGCGGCUGGGCUGGUGUUGGGGGAGAAAUGGAGAAGUGCAGUUGUGCUGCAGUUGUGCUGCUGGGUGGCUUUUAGGUACAGAGGAAUAAGCUCUGGCAGGUGGCUGCCCGCGCUGUGUGCAGGGACGCGGUAGGCCUCAAAUAGUACGUGCAUGUGACUGUUUGCGCAAGCAGUGUUUUCCUGCACAGAUAUUUAGGUACAGACUGCUAAGCCUUGCCUUCUUACCAUCUUCUCUAGUGUGUCGCCCCCAUCCCCAUGCCGACUACUUUAGUCUUUUGAGGAAAAGACGGCAAAACUAUUUUCCAGCUGAUGUGGUACUCAUUAAUGAGUGAAGGAUCAAAAGGUGGGACGGUGGCCAAGAAGCAAUGGAGAAUAAAAGUUUAGAAGGUUCCCCAUCAGACCUAAAGUUAGUGGCUCAUCCGAGAGCAAAGAGUAAAGUGUGGAAGUACUUUGGUUUUGAUACCAAUGCAGAAGGAUGCAUAUUACAGUGGAAGAAAAUCUACUGCCGUAUUUGCAUGGCGCAGAUUGCCUAUUCAGGGAACACGUCCAACCUUUCCUACCACCUCGAGAAAAACCACCCCGACGAAUUCUGUGAGUUUGUGAAAAGCAACACCGAGCAGAUGAGGGAGGCCUUUGCUACCGCGUUUUCAAAAAUCAAGCCGGAAUCAUCGCAGCAGGUUGUUCAAGACAGCCUCAUCAUGAAGACCUACCAGAACUACGAAAACAAAAAGCAUCAGGAACUGACGUCUGCAGUCAUCAGCUUGAUCUGUGAGGGCAUGUAUCCUGCCUCCAUUGUCGACGAGCCCACUUUCAAGGCCCUCUUGAGAACAGCUGAUCCCAGGUAUGAACUUCCUAGCCGGAAGUAUUUUUGUACGAAAGCUAUUCCUGAAAAAUACAACGCCAUUAGAGAAAUCGUCUUAAAGGAGCUCACCGACGUUCUGUGGUGCGGCAUAUCCACAGACAUGUGGAGGAGCGAAAACCAGAACAGGUCGUACGUAACCGUCGCGGUUCACUUUCUCAGCAGCAGUCCUUCCAACUGCCUGGCGGUUAACUCACGGUGCUUAAAAACAUUUGAAGUACCGGAGGAUAAUACUGCAGAGACUAUCACCCGAGUCCUUUACGAAACGUUCAUCGAAUGGGGAAUCAAUACAAAAGUCUUUGGUGCUACGACAGAUUACAGUAAAGACAUUGUGAAAGCUUGCUCUCUCCUAGAUAUUCCAGUGCAGAUGCCUUGCUUGGGGCACACUUUCAACGCCGGAAUACAACAAGCUUUUCAGCUCCCGAAGCUCUGCGGCCUCCUUGCCAGGUGCCGAAAACUGGUGGAAUAUUUUCAGCAGUCUACCAUGGCGAUGUAUAUGCUGAGCGAGAAGCAGAAGCAGCAGAAUAUUCUCCACUGCAUGCUGGUGAGCGAUCGCGUUUCCUGGUGGGGCAGCACGCUCGCCAUGUUGCAGCGCCUCAAGGAGCAGCAGUUUGUCAUUGCCGCCGUUCUCGUGGAGGACAGCAACAACCACCACCUCAUGCUGGAGGCCAGCGAGUGGAACACAAUCGAAGGGCUGGUGGAGCUGCUGCAGCCUUUCAAGCAGGUUGCAGAGAUGAUGUCUGCUUCCAAGUACCCAACGAUCAGUAUGGUGAAGCCACUUCUCCACAUGCUUCUGAACACCACCCUGAACAUCAAAGAGAACGAUCUGAAAGAAAUCAGCAUGGCGAAGGAGGUAAUAGCAAAGGAGCUGUCAACCACCUACCAGCACACCCCCGAAAUAGACAUGUUCCUCAACGUUGCCACUUUCCUGGAUCCUCGCUACAAAAAACUGCCUUUUCUUUCAGCCUUUGAGCGGCAGCAGGUGGAAAACAGAGUGGUGGAAGAAGCAAAAAGCCUGCUGGAGAAAGUCAAAGAAAACACCUUUCGGACUGAAGAAAAGUUCUUUGCGGUUUCGGAAGAGCCCCCGGUGAAAAAAAUAAUUAUCUCCUCCACUCCUCCUCCUACUAGUGUGAUAAACAACAUGCUUGCAGAGAUCUUCUGCCAGACAGGAGGUGUGGAAGACCAAGAGGAAUGGCAUGCUCAGAUUGUUGAGGAGUUGAGCAACUUUAAGUCACAAAAGGUCCUUGGUUUGAAUGAAGACCCGCUAAAGUGGUGGUCUGACAGACUAGCGCUGUUUCCAGUUUUACCAAAGGUUCUCCAAAAAUACUGGUGUAUUCUGGCCACAAGGGUCUUUCCCGAACGCCUUUUUGGUUCUUCUGCUAACGUUGUCAGUGCAAAGAGAAACCGGUUAGCCCCAGCACACGUGGACGAGCAGAUCUUUUUGUACGAAAACACUCGGAAUGGGUCCGAGGCAGAACCAGAGGAUGAAGACGAAGGAGAAUGGGGUUUGGAGCAGGAACAGAUUUUUAAUUUAAAUGACUCGGUAAACGUGAACAACAAUUUCUUUAAUAUCCGAGACAGUGGGUUUGUUUAACAGGACUACUGUGGUACAUUUAAUAACAAAGAAAAAGGUAUUUGUCUUAAGUUACCAAAAAAACUUCUGUUUAUGCUAUGAAUGCUGUAAAUAUUGAACAGUUGUAACAAACUUGAUUUAGCUUCCAUUGUCUAUGUUUCUCCCACUGUCUUAAAACAUGAAUGAGUUGUGAUUAAACAGCACUGAAAUGAAUGAGGAAAUAAAUGCUACAAAGACCGUGAUUUCUGACUGUGGCCCAGAUCUCAGAGGGCACUUAGCCAUGUGCUUCCUUUCCGCUGGCUUCAGUGGGAGAGAAACACAUGCUUAUGUGCUGCCUGUAAUGAAAAUAUUUUUCCUGAAUCAAGACCCUGAGCGAGGGACUUUUUAAGUUCUAUGCCUCCAAUUAUAAAUCCCACGUGACUUAGGGCGUUAGCUUUAAAUUUUGGUUUUAAAAUGUUAUUCUUAAAUUCCACAAAUCAGAGCAGCAAAGACUUUUAGAGUAUGUCGAUGCUAUAGAAUGAAAAAAAGAUCUUGAGCCUGAUUUUCUUUUUCACUACCUCAUAUCUUAGGCCUGGUCUGUGCUAGAUAAGGUCAGCUGGUGUAAUUCUGUCACUUAGGGGACUAUGUUACUAUUUUCACCGGUGUCGCUCUGGCAUAGGCCGUAGUGUGGAUGCACCUACACUGGAGCAAUUUAUUCGGCUUUCCAGUGCAAUAUAAAUGGUAUAAAUGCUUCCAAACUAGUACUGCUGUGUCCACAUCGGUCGGGUUUUACCGUGGAGCUGUCGUAGCUAAAUGGCAAAACCCCUUUUUGUCCGGACAAGCCCUGGCGGUAGCACGCGGGGUGCGGGCGGGUGGCGGCCUACACCCGGGGAGCAGAGCAGCGAAGGCAGGAGGCGUGCCAGGGCCACGGGUCUAACUCUGCGUGCGUGUGUUAUACAGUGCUUAACCUCUUAAUUUAAGUGGGCACUUUGCCCAAGGUAGCUAGGAAGUUUUGUUGGUGAGAAAAGCAGAAUAAAAAGCUUUAAUAAUUAUGUAAAUAUAUUUAAAAGAGGGCGACCCCUCUGUUUCCCUACACGCAUCCAGUGAGUCUUUAGGAUUGUUUCUUGUUACGUUAGCACUUAAAAAGUUUUUUUUUUUUUUUUUUUUCUCCUGUCUCUUUUUUUGUUUGAGUUUGUAGGGUGGACUUUAGUCUGGUCCAGUCAAAUGUUUGAGUACUGUUUCCGAUUAGUUGUUGUGUAUUGCAAUUGUUUCCUUUGUGUCUCUAUGCCUAAAAGUUUUCAGCCCUUUUGAGAACUUGGUAAAAAAAAAAACAAAAAAAAAAA